AUGCCCAUCAAACUACCUAAGAGCUUCGCUCGGCGAAAGUCGUCCGGCAACGUGCUGGAAGACGUCGAAGCCCCUCAGUCCUCCUUCCGAGUCUUCGAGCGCCCGGGCCCCCAUCGAUCCAUGACCGACGGCGCUGCCCUCUCUAAGCAUCACAGCGAAGGCAAUGCGGUGCCCUCGGCGCUGGAAGACGACAACAUAUUUGCUGAGCGACCCCUGGACAAGCGGUAUGAACGUCCCUCAACCAUGGAUUCUCUCAGGAGACGGCUGACGGGCAACCAUGAAAGCGGCAACUACGAAAGUUCGACGUCAACCCGGCUUAGUUCCUCGUCGACUAUUCCAUCCUCCACAGAGGUGCCCGAAGAGAACCAGUCCCCGCAUUCGAGAAUCCAGGAUGUGCCCGCUCCACCACCGCUCUCCAGUGCCCUGCGGCAAGCCGCAGGUCGGACAUUCUCUUUUGGUGGACGUUUUGGAAAGUCCUCGCCGGCCGUUCCUCGCCAGCAGACCCCGGACGCUUCGAAAAACCGCCCGAUGACGGGCAGUACCGACAGCACAGCUACUCCACCCAAGCUGCCUGAUACCAAUUUUGCCAUGGAGUCUCAGGAUGACUUCAAUAAGAUGUUUGAGAACCUGGGUGGCUCUUCCGAGCGUGAUAGGUCCCCGCAGCCGAAUAAGGUAAGUCUUGUGGUUCCUGCUUCUCCUCCAAGAGGUCACUCUGACGACUUGAAGUAUUCGUCCCCGCCAGCCUCCCAUGCUGUGCCUGAGUUCCAGGGGAGCAGGACCGGGGUGCCUGCUCCAAUUAAUACCGAUCGAUCGACUGCCGUCGAGUCUCCUCCCUACUCCUGGGGUCGUCGUCCAUCUGAGGAAGGUCUGCUGCACAAUCGCGAUCCUUCCCUCGAUACAAUCGGCUUCCGAAGACCCUCGCCGGGUCCGAACCACCUCUCGGAAGCUGCUACAACGUCGCACCGCUCCCUGGAACGACCUUUGAGGGAGAAGUCUGAUCGCGGAGGAUUGCGUCGGAGCGGGAUAUACUCGCCCUCGGGUGACGCCUUACCUUUCGACGAUGAAGAUGCCAAAAUGGUUCGCCAGUCGCUCAUGUGGAGCAAGGAUACGUCGCCUUGGGCUGAGGGCGCAACCGCAGGUGGCUCAUACAUGGACAAGGGUAAAGCACCCGUUCAGUCUGGGAACACCAACCCAGAGCCUGAUAAUAUGUUCCAGUACCGUCGCUCGCCGCCUCCCGCCGAACGACCGGAUCCCGGUAUUGCAGCCAAUGCGCGGUUGGCGGCUAGAUACGCGGAGAGGCUGCCCAAGUCGACUUCGCCGGGUAACAAGGUUAUGACACCGUCUCAGUUCGAGCACUAUCGCCAACAACAAGAACUUCGACGGUCUAACAGCAAUGCGUCCAAGAGCGACGCGGAGUCUGAAAAUGAUGAGUUCGAGGACGAAGAAGAUGAGGUGGAAAAGCAGCGCGAGACUGAAAGACAACGGCGAAAGCAGGAGGCUCAUCUCUCGGUGUACCGUCAGCAGAUGAUGAAGAUCACCGGCCAGCAGGCGCCCCUGCACUCGAUGCGCCCGGCUAUGACUGGUGCCAGUAACAGCACGCCUAACUUGCUACCGAGUCGUUUGUCUGUCAUGGGUGACAAGUCUAACAGUGGCAAGAGCAGUGAGGAAGAGGACGACGAUGUGCCUCUUGGCAUUCUAGCAGCGCACGGAUUCCCUGGACAGAACCGCCCUCCCACUCGCCUCAACAACGUCAGCUCCAACCCCAACCUUCGGGCUUCUAUGCAGCCCCCGUAUAUAUCAUCGUCUAGCUCUCUUUCGGGUGCCGAAAAUGGCGCAAACCGUGGCAGUUUGCCUGCCUUUGCAAGGAACCUGCCACAAGAUCCUUACUUUGGUGCCGGGUUAGUGAACAACCCCAACCGCGAAUCACUCGCAUUUGGAGGUGGUUCCGGCUCGGUACAUGGAGGGCCUCCGUCCCCAGCCCCUCCUACCCCAGGCGGAUUGGUUGGUGUCAUAGCGAAUGAAGAGCGCCAACGCGCAAUGCGCAGGGGAAGCCCGAACACCCAAGCUAUGCAUAACGUUCCUCGGCCUCACUCGAUGAUGCCUCAGAUGUCACAGAUGCCUGGCCCAGUCCCUCCUGUGACCCCAGGAGAGCAAGCAUCGAUCCAGCUGUCACAGCAGAUGACAAACAUGAUGCAGAUGCAGAUGCAGUGGAUGCAACAAAUGAUGCAAAUGCAAAAUGGGCAAGGCCAGGCCAUGAUGCAGGGUAUGCCAAUGCCCCCCAUGAUGAUGCCCGGUGGUCAAAUGCCCCCGAUGGGCUCACCCUCAGGAGGACCUCCUUCCAUCAGUGGCAACUCGAAUAUACGCCCUAUGUCUAUGCCUGUCGGUUCUAUGCUGAAUGUUCCAACUUCAUCACACCCCGAUCAGCGCACGAUGAGCAUGCUCGACCCUAACAUCUCCACCCGCCGCACUGGCUCGCCAAUGCCAAACCUCUCUGGCAACGGUUUCCGCCCCCAGACCGCUUAUGCGGCCUCCAUUGCGCCCUCCGAGCGUAGCAAUGCCGGAAUGGCGCCCCGCUACCGUCCGGUGUCCGUGUUGCCCCCCGACACCAGCCACUCUGCGGGCUCUGGAAACAAAUGGGGCGAUGAGAAUCUUCCUCCCUCUGUCCUGAAUUCGCAACCGCAUAACCUGCCGAAAUCACACCUCGCCACCGUGACCGUUCGUCCUGUCUCCCAGGACAGCCGUCAAGGUUCCGGACCGGGACACAAGGCCGGAUCUGACGACGAAGAUGACGAUGAAGCCUGGGCCGACAUGAUGAAGAAGCGUGACAAGAAGAAGUCAAACUGGAAGAUGAAGCGGGGUAAUGGUCCACUCGGUGAUCUGCUCAGUGCCGUGCACUGA